UGGAUCCUUUUUGAAAUGACAAAGGAACAAACAUAUCGCGGGAGUCGAAAAAGUUCAAACAUUUCGAGAAAUUCUCUGAAUCCAAGUCUUCGUCGUCGAACGAAAUUAUUGCAGUAGAACCACCAUGGAUGAAGAGGUUAUGAUUACGAGAAUUGUAGCAGGCAUUGAAGGAGGAGGAGAAGAUGAAUCUUACUACCACGAGCUUGUCACAGAUCUCCGGUCUCUCCUGGAUUCCGAUGACGAGGAACUUCUCUAUCGGUUCUACGGCGAACUCUCGCGGUUGGCUUCAUUUUUCCUCCGCCGCUUAUCCGCCGCCAUGGAUUCUCCGGUGGAGGGUGGCCGUCUGAGCCUAUUGGCCUCCGACGCCUAUCUCCGUCUGCUACUCUCGCCGAACUCCCCCGUUUUCACCUUCUUCUCUCCUGUAUCGUUUCUCACUCUUCUGGGUUCAAUCCGUCGCUGCCUCAAGCGCCGUCACCGAGAGGACCUGGGACCUUCUUCCGCUGCCGUUCACGAGAGUGAUGUGCGGCGGGAGAAAGGGAAUAAGAAGAAAAGAGGACGAGGGUCAAGGAAUAAUGCGAAACACACGAGGCACGAGGAUUCAGAAGAGACAGAAGACUGUAACUUUGACGGAAAAUUGCUAUUUGGAGUGCUUGAAGAGUUGGGUUCGGUUCUGAGUCUUGUUCAUUUGGAUAGGUUUCCCGAUAUUUUAAAAUCUUUGGUACAGACAGUGAGUGAGAUUCCUGUAAUGGCGCUUGAAUUGUCAGGGUCUGUGAAUUUGGUUGGAUUGACAAAUUUGUGCGAGAGAAUUCUGGGUGAAGUGAUGAAGGCUGAUCAUGGAGACAUGGCACUCAUCGCAGCUGAGAUUUUCAAGUCACUCACACCAUUACUUCUCACGGGAAAGCACCAAGCAAGAAACUUCGCACUAGGGUUUGUGUCGCGGAAAAUGAUCGGUUUGGCUAGGUAUAGCAGUGAAGUGAAAAAGGCAGUUGCUAAUUUCCUCAAGUAUUUGGCUCAUAAGGCACCUGAGAAGGCCGAGCCCCGUGGAUUGGCCGUGGAGGUGAUAAUGGAGAUAGUAAAGACAAUGGAGUUCGAGGAUCAACUAGACUUUGUGGAUUAUGUUAUGAAGAUGGCUCAAGGUAAACCUAACUUGAGACUGUUAGCUGUUGAUCUUAUACCGCUAUUGAUAAGCUCACUAAGAAAUCCUUUAGGAAUGGGUUCGGACAGUGGUGGCUCGAAAGAUUCAUGGGGUUUGGGUUGUCUUGAUGCCUUAUUACAACGUUGUUCAGAUUCUAACUCUUUAACUAGAGCUCGAGCAUUGUCCAAUGUGGCUCAAGUUGUGGGGUUCUUAUCCAAUGAUGAGAGGAACAGGUCUGUUUUGAGACAAGCCCUUGGGUUUAAUGGUGAGAUUUCUGCUGAAAAAAUGAAAAUGAAUGACCUUUUGCUGAAACGAUGUGUGGAUGAGAAGGCAGCUGUGAGGAGAUCUGCUCUUCUUCUUGCGACUAAGUUGACAUCCCUUUCGGGUGGUCGCUUUGAUGUUAAUGUGGUAAAGACAAUGGGUAUGGCUUGUUCAGAUCCAUUAAUUAGUAUAAGAAAAGCUGCCAUUUCAGCUCUUUCCGAGGCUUUUCGAAUAUGUACAGAUGAAAUUGUGACCGUUGAAUGGUUGCAUUCUGUUCCUCGGAUGGUCACAGACAACGAAUCUAGCAUCCAGGAAGAAUGCGAGAACGUGUUUCUUGAACUUGUUCUGGAGAGAAUAUCUCAGGCAGGAAAUGCUCUUUCACUGGACAAGAUUUCGCUCUCAAAAAACUCAAACUCUAAACCAGAAGAUCUGGAGGGCGAUACUGAAGCCAUGUUUCCUGAAUGGAUUCUGGCUAUCUUGAAGGGGCUUUGUAACAGUGAGGUUUCUCCUUGGGUGAAGAAAAUCUGUGUAAACUUGGGGAAGAAGAAGCGACUAAAACCAAGAAUUGCCCUUGCACUGCAGUGUAUAAUAAAGGAAUCUGAAUCAUUCUGGUUAAGGCAUUCUAUGCCAAUAGACAAAUGGACAGCUCCAGCUGGUGCUUGGUUUCUUCUAUCAGAGGUUUCAGUUUAUCUUCCAAAAUCCGUUGAAUGGGAAUUUCUUCACCACCAUUGGCAGUUGCUUGACAAGAAUGAGUUGCAAGGAUCAGAUGGACAAGAUGAUGAACAGUCUGUGGAGUCUAAUUCUGUUACAUGGGCUGGAGAUCGAGUUUUUCUCUUGCAAACAAUCUCUAAUGUUUCCCUUGAGCUGCCACCUGAACCUGCAGCAGAUCUUGCUGACAAUUUGCUGAAGAAAAUCGAAGACUUCAAUCUGCAUUCUGCAGAGGUAGAUGCUCAUGUGAAAGCCCUAAGAACAUUGUGCAAAAAGAAGGCACACAACUUCGAGGAAUCUGAUACACUUGUAAAGACGUGGGUGGAACAAGUUUUGUCUAAAGCAUCAAAGGUUAUUGAAAAAUACAUUUCAGAGGCCUCAAAAAGUAAGAAAAACUCUUUCUCUACACCAGCAACACAUGGAAGUAGAAGAAGCAAGAGACUGGAUUCUGAGUCACAGAAAUUAUCAAAAGCAGUCAUAGCAGUAUAUACCGUCGGUUCUUGUAUAAUCAUAUGUCCCUUGGCUGACACAACCGGGAUCGUUCCAUUGUUACAUACUGUUAUCACUUCGGGAAAUUCUGAUCCGAAGCUGAAUAACAAAUUACCACAAGCUAAUACUUGCUUGAAGCAAAAAGCUCCGUUGUAUUGUCAGGCUUGGUUAACCAUGGCGAAGAUUUGUCUGGCAGAUGGGAAGCUGGCUAAGAGAUAUAUCCCUCUUUUUGCACAGGAGCUUGAAAAAAGUGAAUGUGCAGCCCUCCGCAACAAUCUCGUAGUUGCGAUGGCUGACUUUUGCGUCCACUACACAUCUAUGAUCGAGUGUUACAUACCAAAGAUUGCCCAAUGCCUUCGGGAUCCAUGUGAACUUGUUAGGAGGCAGACCUUCGUACUUCUUUCAAGGUUACUUCAGAGAGAUUACGUAAAGUGGAGAGGGGUUCUCUUCCUCCGUUUCCUUCUAUCACUUGUUGAUGAAUCUGAGAAGAUACGUCAACUUGCAGACUUUUUAUUCGGAAACAUCCUUAAAGCCAAAGCACCGCUCCUAGCUUACAACAGUUUCGUGGAAGCUAUCUAUGUCUUAAACGACUGCCAUCCCCACAACAGGCAUAACAAUAACAAUAAUAAUUCAGAUUCUAAAGGGUCAAAAACGAAGAAUCAAGUGUUUUGUAUCAGGGGGAAUGAUGAAAAGGCGAGGUCGAAAAGAAUGCAAAUCUACACUACGCUGCUGAAACAAAUGGCACCAGAACACCUCUUGGCCACAUUUGCAAAGCUGUGUGCAGAGGUCCUUGCAGCUGCAUCAGACGGGAUGCUCAACAUAGAAGAUGUCACUGGCCAGGCCGUUCUUCAGGACGCGUUUCAGAUACUGGCGUGCAAAGAGAUGAGGUUAUCUCCCACAAGAGGAUCAUCCUCCGAGACAGCAGAGAUAGAAGAAGACAGUGGCGGCGGCGGCGGAAGUGGAGAAGCAGCAAAGGGAAGAGCCAUAACGCAGGCUGUGAGAAAGGGCCUUAUCCAGAACACUAUCCCCAUUUUCAUAGAGCUGAAACGGCUUCUCGAGAGCAAGAACAGCUCCCUCACCGGCUCCCUCAUGGACUGCCUCCGAGUCCUUUUAAAAGACUUCAAGAACGAGAUCGACGAAAUGCUCAUCGCCGACAAACAGCUCCGCAAAGAACUCGUCUACGACAUGCAGAAGUACGAGGCCGCAAGGCCCGUCGCCUCCAGGGAAGAGACGCAGCCCGUUGCUUGCGGGACAAGUAACAGAAAAAAUAGGGGUUCGGGGUUGGGUCCGAGAACAGCGGCAGAUGCGGCGGCGGUCAGGACAGCUAAGUCGGUGCUGAGGGAUGUUAACGGAGGGGUAGGGACGCCACUGCUGAGCGCGAUGAGUGUUCCGAAGCUGAAGUCGUCGAGCCGUGGAGACGGCCAGAGCGGCCGGCCGGCUAAGGAAGUGUUGGAGUCUCUGAGGAGAAGACAGAGUUUCAACUCGGACGAUGAGAACUGAGCCAUUUUGUAAGAAUACGAGGUUAUUGUUGUGAUGUUUUAUGACUAUAUGCUGAUUUGUUAAGGUAGGUAGGCCAUUGGCGCAUAAACGGAGGCAUCUAGCUUUGUAAUCUAAUUAAAAAUUAUAUUACUUCUUAACAAAUUGUAAUAACAUGAUUAGGAAAUAAAAUAUAUUGGAUGUUA